AGCAAUGAGAGUUCAAAAGUUAUGAGGAUCAGAAGAUUUCAUCUAUAGCCAUGCUACGAAUCUGGGUCCUUGCCCAGUUUAUUGCUGGACUACUGUCACUGCAGCUAAGCACCCUGGAACAGUUCCAGAAUUCUAUGAAAUCCUUCAAUGCAACUUCAGUUGGCAAAUCAGCUGGUGGGCUUGAUAUCCCCCACGUGACAAUAUCAGAUAAUGGGUUAUCUAAACCCAGUGUGGGUAUCAUAUGCAAUGUAGCUGGAAACAGACUAUCGUCAGUUAAUGUUUGCAUGAGCUUUAUAGAUGCACUUUUAAAUCAAAAAGACUCUGAAUUAGCGCCAUUGCUCAGCAAAUAUAAUUUACAUAUAAUCCCUAAUUUGAACGUAGAUGGUUCACAGAAAGCAUUUAUUGACAUUAAUAAAGGGACAACUAAUGGGGAUGGCAUAGAUCUGACAAGUGCAUUUCCAAAUUUACGGGACAAUGUCGCAGUUGACAGUGCUAAUGUACCUCCUGAAGUGAAAUCAGUGAUUAAUUUCCUGGAGGAAGAGUACUUCCAGGCAGUGGUUGUGGUGGGUGCUUCAGCAACUGGUGUCACGUUCCCGCUCUAUUAUACUGAGGAUGAUCACGAGGGGAUUAUUGAUGAUGCAAUUCAUCGGGAGAUUGCCAAAAAGGCAUACGCUCAGAACCCCAACCUGGCAUCAUCAGGAUGCAGUAUGGGAGUAGGAGAAGGUCGAUCACGUGACUAUGGUAUGCAUAGUUCCGUGGCACGCCAGACAGCUGCAGAGUUUGAACAUGCAGCUGGAACACUGGAAGAUUACAUUUACCUAAAACACGGAUCAUUGACUUUCCACCUUUGUGUAUCUUGCUCGCUGAACGCUGACGAUGAUGUGUUUGAUGAGAAUAAAGGAGUUUUUAGAGAGUUGAUCAACUCGGCUGAUCGGGGGUUACAUGGCAGAGUUGUUGCUCCUGAUGGUACUGGACUGAAAGGUGCAAUGGUUACCGCUAAUGGUCACGUGGUUUUCUCUGGAGAUGGAGGUUACUUCUGGAGCCCACUUGUUGCUGGGACUUACGAUAUAAAGAUUUCUUACGGCUCAUACCCGGAAGUACAAGUACCCACACUGGCAGUAGAGGAGCGUACCCAACUACCUGACACUGUCAUGGGAGAUCUCUCUCCCGUAGCUACUGAACACGAGAACUUCGUGCAGAUGAACGCGACUCUUCACAGUUUACAUAAACAGUAUCCUGCUAUUACCAGCCUUUACAGUAUCGGAAAGAGUGUGGAGGGUAGAGAUCUGUUGGUACUGGUGAUAGGGAAAUACCCUGAUAAACACGUUCCGGGGAUACCAGAUUUCAAAUAUGUUGGUAACAUGCACGGUAACGAGGUAGUAGGACGCUCUCUCCUCAUCUCCCUCUCCAAACUCCUCUGUAAGAACUACAACACAGACCCUCGUAUAACACGCCUCCUCUCUACCACUAGGAUCCACAUCCUGCCCUCCAUGAACCCUGAUGGGUUCGAGGCUGCUGUGCCGGUCAGAGAUAGUUACAAUACCAACGGGAGAGCUAACGCUCACUUUGAGGAUCUCAACAGGAACUUCCCGGAUCAGUUCCACCAAUCUGAAGAGAAAGUUCGAGAACCGGAAACAAUAGCUGUCAUGAAAUGGCUGACAGAUCACCGCUUCGUGCUCUCUGCCAACCUGCACGGUGGCUCCCUGGUGGCUAACUAUCCAUUCGACGACACUGUCUCGGGGGUCUCCAACGGAGUGUACUCUCAGUGUCCGGACGACACCUUCUUCAAGCACGUCAGCAAAGUAUACGCGGACAAUCACGCCACAAUGCACAAGGGAGAAGCGUGCAAUCUGGACGGGACUGUACAGUUUCCGGGUGGGAUAACCAACGGGAAUGCGUGGUAUCCGGUAACGGGUGGUAUGCAGGAUUACAACUAUGUGUUUCAUGAUUGUUUGGAGAUCACGUUGGAGCUGGGCUGCUCUAAGUACCCUGAUGGACAGUUCCUCCCUGACUUCUGGAGUGAUAAUAGAGUUUCCUUACUGGAAUAUAUAGACGCAGUCCACGACAGUGUAGCUGGUUUUGUUAAAACACCCGACGGAGCCCUAGUCCCUGACGCUGUGAUCCACGUUAGAGAGAACUCUAAAACUAUAAAAUCCGGUCCUGACGGUGAUUACUGGAGGUUACUGGUGCCUGGGGUACACGAGAUGUGGGCUGAGAAGGAUGGUUUGCGGAGUAAGACAGUGGAGGUGACAGUGUCGGAGAUGUAUCAGGUGGUUUAUAACUUUACUCUGUACGGUGAAGAGGCUCAGUGGAAUGAGACGGAGCAUUAUGUUUAUGAGCCACCGGAGAGGCAGGGAUGUACCCGGUACCGCCUAUACAAUUACAGAAUAUAUUUCGUAGCUCACAAACCAAAAGCAGUGAGGGUGCAUGAGAAGAUAGUGAUAGUCUCUGAAACUGACAGGAAGGACGGUGUUAAAAUAACUUUUGUUAAGAACGGAGCACCGGAAGAGACCAGCAUUGGGGAGACUAUCACCUGCUUCAUCAACGGAGAAUUGAUCUUACAAUCGGAGGGUAAUACUGUUGCUCUGCCCAUCAAAGAACUGUCCACAAUCGAGUUUCAUGGUGCCAGCUACUACCGAGCAACCAAGUAUCUCGACGAUUCAGAAAUGUCUGUAAAAGUCACCCUGUUUCCGCUGCCAACCUCUCUUGGCUACCACUCACAGCUGGAAAUGCUCGAGGUUUUCCAGAACGUUCAGACAGACUGCCCUAAAAUGUCCUCGGUGUACAAUAUCGGGAUGUCCCACGAAAAGAGGGAGCUACAAGUGCUGAGAAUGAGUGCUGGAGAUACUACAACUGGGAAUGUUAACAGUGGCAAACAGAGGAUUAAGCUGGUGGGAGGUAUACACGGUAACGAGGCUGUAGGACGGGAAUGUCUGAUAAACCUGGUACAGUAUUUCUGUGCAGCAUACGGACACGACGACCUCAUAACCAAGCUCCUCGACACCUUGGACAUUCACAUUCUACCCGCCAUGAACCCUGACGGUUUUGCCCAGGCAGAACACGAUCAGUGGACUAAAGGCCGCGCAAACGCUCAAGACUUCGACCUCAACCGAAAUUUCCCUGAUAGAAUCGCCGACAGAAAAUACCCGUUACAACCCGAAACUUCAGCAAUUAUGAAAUGGUCCAGAGAAAAGAAAUUCACCACAAGUAUUUCCCUGCAUGGUGGGUCCCUGGUGGCCUGUUACCCUUACGACAACUCUGACACCGGAGCUAGAGUCUAUGCUGGGUCUCCUGAUGACAACACGUUUGUCUACUUAGCUUCUUCGUACGCUAAAGCUCAUCCUACCAUGUACAAAGGAGAGAGAAUCUGCGAUGAUGACAGGUUUGUUGGUGGUAUAAGUAACGGAGCACACUGGUACUCCCUUAACGGCGGAAUGCAGGACUGGAACUACCUCCAAUGCCAAACCAUGGAGAUCACUAUAGAAAUGGGAUGCAACAAGUAUCCCAUGGAGAACGAACUUUUACAAAAGUACUACAACCAUUACAUUCCACUGAUUGAGCAUGUCAAGAACUCUCGACAAGGAUUCUGGGGUAAAGUAACAGAUUCCUCCGGAUCUGUAGUAAACAAUGUAGUUUUGGUAGCUCCUGAUAUUGGUAUAAAUAUAACUGCUCGAGCGGACGGACAAUACUGGCGUGUAGCAGCUCCCGGGAACUACGAGGUAACGUUCUCUGCUAACGGAUACCAGUCACAUGUACAUCACGUGAAAGUAGAUCCAGUUAACUGGGCGGCUCUGCCUGAUCCCUUGAAUGUGAUGUUGUUGAUGACAAAUGACGAGGUGACCAAUCAUGUGGACACGCUAGAUCUAGAGUCCAGAACGGAGAUGUUGACACGGCGGUAUCUUGUUGUUGGAGCUGUUCUUGUGGUGGUGUUGGCUGGGUGCAUGUUGUUGGGACUGUGGCGCAGGAAGAAGAAGAGGGAGGAGGAGAAGAAGAGGAAGGAUAUUGAGUACAGGGGACUGAUUGAAGAGGGUUCUGAUAGUGAGUGAGUUUAGAUUUUGUAAUUUUUAAGUUAACAAUCAAUCACCCAAAUCAAGAUUUUAGAUUCUUGAUUUUUGAACUCCAAUUCUCAUGCUCCAUAAUACUUGCUCAGGUUAUUUGACACAUUAAAAUGACACCUAUAAUGUAUAUACUAAACAGAUAUGACAGAUUCACCAUGUACA